AAAAUCACUACGUAUUCGAGAUCGUGACAACGCGAGUCGCUGUCAAAGAUGUACACUCCACAGAAAUUGCACCACGUAGCGGGAGAAGGAUCCAGGAAAAAGGCGGCACCAUAAAAACAACAGAGUACGAUGCAUCUGACGGAUAUCACUGGUCCCUCCCUCUGAUGCAAACCAGCCGACAUUGCCAGCUCUCGUCUUGAUCCAGGAUAACCUCUUGGCCCGAUCGAAAAACAGUAACUAUUGCCACGUACGAUCGUUGGGACCACUUCCUCCUCAGGAUGGCGUCUCUUUUGCUGAAUCAGGACGAUGUUCAGAUCAAAAUACCGUCAACGGAAGUCGUCGAUGGGGUAACUUACUAUUGCAUCGAGGUUGGGAUUGCUUCAAUCAAAUGGACUGUGAGACACAGAUACCGUGACUUUGCAGAGAUGCACUAUAAGCUUGUGACAGAGCACUGCGUCGAAAAGGAUAUCCUGCCACCAAAGAAACUGAUAGGCUACAAGUGCGAAGCCUUUGUGGAAAAGAGGAGAAUGAGCCUGGAGGUCUAUCUGAGCGCAGUCUACCACUAUUUAAAGAAAGCAAUGCCUAGAGAAUUGGCUGUGUUCUUAGAUCUGCAUGUGUACGAUAUAUUUUUCUUACUGCAGAGCAUGGCUUUGGAGUUCUUCACAGAGGGUGAUAGUCUCCUGCAAAAAUCAAAGACCUAUAAAUUUAAUCCUCUACAGCUGUACGCGAUUAGCGAGCGAUUGAAACAACCUUGUUCGCUGUUGGAGGUGGUAGAUAAAAAGUACGACUUCAGCCACGUUCUAGACUUCAAUUCCCAUUUAACUGGACUGAUAAUCGAAAGUAACUCAGAGCCCUACAAAGCCAGCAAUAUCGACACAUCGGCGCUGCCGAUAGAAUUGUCCAGCUUCAAAAACAUAGAGGACCUAACGAUUGAUCAGUACCCGGUAGAGAAGAUCUACAACAUGGGCAAUCUUAGGGACACUGUUGUAAGGUUGACGGUGAACCACACGAAGCUGAGGAACAUCGUUGAGUUCGCGAUGUGCGAGGAGGUGCACAAGGGCAUGGAGAACGCGAACGAUUCCCACGUUUGGCUAAAAGUCUCUCAUCUAGACCUGAGCGACAAUCGGAUAGAAGUGAUAGACGAGGCGAUCAAGUUACUGCCGCACAUAGAGUGUCUAACUCUAAACAACAACCUUCUGUCGGAAAUUUCAAACGUGACCUUGUUACCGAGACUCUCCCACUUGUACCUGGCGUCGAACAACUUCACAACACUUCCUGACGACCUCCACACGAGGCUUGGUUACAUCGUCUACAUUGACCUGUCUCAGAACAAGCUGACCUCCUUGUCCAGUUUUUCAAAAUUAUACUCGCUCGAGGGUUUGGACGUCAGCUGUAACCGAAUAGAAAAGAUCGAAGAAGUGAAGAACAUUGGACACCUGCCGUGCUUGGAAAAUCUGAGAUUAACCGGUAACCCUGUGUCGACUAUCGUCGACUACAGGGUGAAGGUGUUGGAACCGUUUGGCAAGAGGGCAGCCGAUAUAUGUUUAGAUAAUGAGAUACCUAAUCAAAAGGAGUUGGACACGGUGUCCGUUCACCAAGCCCUUCGCAUUGCCAGAGAAGGCAAAUCGCCGACCUUCACGGCUUCCGAUGCGCCUCUUUUCUCUGCAGAGAUACCGAACAUGUAGGACAGGCUCACCUGUGGCCAACAGGUGCCACGAGUGCAAAGCUCCGGAGCAAACAGCUCCGAAGCCAAACGACAACGAUGGCGACAGCAAUAGAGGACUCGAACGUUCGACAUCCGUGUCGCGUUCCGAUAAUAAUCUGAAAAGAUAGUUUAUCAAAACUGAAGAACGAAGGAGCCGGUGCUCCAUAAAGAAAUCCGUGCCCCAUGCCCUAGGUAGGGAAGCGUGAAUUUUAUUCUAGGAACGAUAGACUUUCCGCGCAACAAAACAUUUUCAUACGAAUUCGUAUCCUCGAGGUCUCCUGUCGAGUUGAAACGAACAAAACAAUAUUACCUCGGAACCAUUACAGAAAAUGGCACGAAUGCACGGAGAGAGCGAGAGAGAGGUUCCCGUUUUGAAAUCCCUCUGCGAAUCGAGCAUGAACAUUGGUCUCAAAACCUCGUCUGUUUUAUAUGAUAUUUAUUAACGGUCGAUAGCGUCGAUGCUUUUUAUCGCCUUUUGACACGAUGAUAUCCAGUCAGUAUGUUAUAUACCAAAACAGUAAACGAGUAGUAUAAGCGUUAGACACGUCGAUUAUGUUGUAUGUUGUAAUUUGAUUUCAGAUAUUAGAACGGAUACUAGAGUCGGUUACGAAAGUCAGUGUACAGUUGACGAACUUCAAAUAUUUUCAUUAUAUUUUCACUAUUUUCUGAAUAUUGACCAAGCUAGAAGUUUUGAUUCCCAGAUGAACGAAUAUAAUGAAACGUUCAUUUUUUUAGAAUCUAAAAUCAUUGUCGGUCUUCAAAUAUUUGAAAUUUAUCGAAUGUAUGCAGAAUGAUCGUUCUAUCUGUUUCGAGGACAACGCGCCACCUUGUUGCAUAUCCGUGUAUAUGAACAAAAGCAGUUUCUAAGAUUCUUUUAUCUAUAUAUAAUUGCUUUUAUAUUGAAUAUUGCGUGUUAAUCAUCGUAUAUUUUUUAUACUUGAAGGCAGUUUUAAAUCGAAGCGAACGGAUUGGUUGACGAAGGUCGUCUAGGAUUUAUGGCAACUUGGUUCACAAAAUUACUAAGCUACUAACUCCUCUGCGAAACCUCGCGUAUUUACGUUGCAGGUAGUUCGACAACAUUGCAGCUAAAAAACAUUCUAACUCUCUAUGCGAUUAUCUUCGGCAGAUAAAAAAUGAUACUCGAUUUUAUAAAAUCUUUUGUUAUCACGAGUGCUGGAUUGAAACAGCUCAGCAUCCUGCGAUUGGUUCUAAAUGCAACUGCGGUGAGCUUUAUUAGCGUUCGUUAUGUGCAGCGUCAUUUCGUUUCGUCGACGAUUUCCAGCAUGUGUCAAAUUUGUAUCGCAUAUUUGCCGACCGCGAAUCGUUCACACGACUAUGUUUUGAACAAUGUAACCAGGUACGGUGCGUUAAUUUUAUAAUGGUUUCACACGAUCUAUACAUGUACAUAAGAUGAUAGAAUAUUUUGUUAAUAAACGAUUACGAUAAUAAACCAAUAAACUGUGAUAACCCGUGAACAAA